AUGCCUAAGCAGAUCAAAGAGAUCAAGGAGUUCCUCAACACUGCUCGAAGGAAGGACGCUUCCGCUGUCAAGAUCAAGCGAAACGUCAACAACACCAAGUUCAAGGUCCGAUGCUCGCGAUAUCUGUACACUCUUGUCGUUGACGACCAAGAGAAGGCUGACAAACUGAAGCUCUCCCUUCCCCCAGGACUCCAGGUCAAGGACAUCGGCCGACGAAAGUAA